AUGGGUGAGUCAGUAUCACUUCCCUGUGCCACCCACUCCUCUCUCGAGGUGGGCAGCAGAUUCCAGUGGACUCUGGGUCAAAGGUCACUGUCCAGUCUGUCUCGGUCAGGCGAUGUCUCAGCUGGAACUCAGGGUCACCUUCCUGCAUCUCACAUCAGCCAAGACAGGUCUUUGGUCAUCAGCAAUGUGAAAACACUGCAUUCUGGGCUCUACAACUGCUCGCAACAGAACAGAAUCCUACUACACACUCUGGAUGUAUCUGCAGAGUAUGCUACCACAGACGGAAACAAUCUCACCCUGACCUGCUCACUCACCUGUGUGGAAGAUUGUGGAGACUUCAAUUUAUCCUGGAUUCACAGUGGCCAGGAUGGGUUGCAGAGUGGCCCUAUAGGACAUAACAACACCCUCAUCUCCAAACUCUUCCUCCCUGACCGCCAGGGCACAGAGAAGAUAGCCUGCGCCGUGCUCAGAGAGGGGGUUGAAAUGGCUGUAAAGGAGUGGACCAUCCAGAGAGGUCGUGUUCUACCUGCAGUGGGAUGGUCAGUCCUUCUGCUACUGCUGCUCUGUGCUGUUGGAGGGGGCGUGUAUUGGAAGAGGCAGGGCAAGGGAAGUGCCGCUCAAGGAGAAGAACAGCAGACACCUGUUGGAAUGACUCAUCUCUAUGACGAGAUUCAAGAUCAACCAAUUCAACCUUCCGGAGUAAACCAACAACAGUUUCUAUGAUCUUCUGCAGGCUGGGAACUGAGUGUAAUGUCAUGUCCUCUAUCUUUAGGCUAUUAGUUGAGUUUUAAAUCUAAUUAGACUACUUUGUACUUUGCAUUGUUUUGUGGUUUGGAACAUUAUAAGUGUCACCAUGACAUCAAGUCUAUGCAGGUUGUUUUUUAUGAUGGAAAUAAAUUCAUAAAAGAAAAUAACCUCUAUAGAAUAUCACCAGUUACCACAGUUAAAAACCCCGACAUAAGUUGGUUACAGGAACACAUUCAGUAUGACUCCUCAGUGUGGGGGUUGAUGGCUAAGUCAACCCACCUCCUGUCUUGAACAUCACUCUGCUGACUUUCACAUCCCACAUGAAACCUGGUAGCUUCUCUUCAGCAGUGUAAAACUGUAGAUGUAUGGGACUGAGACAAGACACAUAAUACAUGAGAGUGAACAGAUAAGUGUGUUUAUUUAAUACAGGAUGGCAGUGCGUGAGCAUUAGCAAUACAAGUAAAAACCCCAGAACAGCAUGUCUCUGUCUGGAACAGCUCCCAACUACACAUCAUUUGGUGUAGAAAAGCGUCAGCAAAAGUUGUUCCACCAUGGGGUCACAAAUAAAGGAAUAUGUCCAAUCAAAUCAAGCUAAAUACAAUUGGUCACCUCAUCCAUUUGAUUAUUUCACAACUAAGAUUGUUAUUGUGUAAUACUAUGUAGGCUAUACCAGGGGUUGAACGAUAAGAUUGUUAUUGUGUAAUACUAUGUAGACUAUACCAGGGGUUGAACGAUAAGAUUGUUAUUGUGUAAUACUAUGUAGGCUAUACCAGGGGUUGAAAGAUAAGAUUGUUAUUCUGUAAUACUACGUAGGCUAUACCAGGGGUUGAAAGAUAAGAUUGUUAUUGUGUAAUACUAUGUAGGCUAUACCAGGGGUUGAACGAUAAGAUUGUUAUUGUGUAAUACUAUGUAGGCUAUACCAGGGGUUGAAAGAUAAGAUUGUUAUUGUGUAAUACUACGUAGGCUAUACCAGGGUUGAAACGAUAAGAUUGUUAUUGUGUAAUACUACGUAGGCUAUACCAGGGGUUGAACGAUAAGAUUGUUAUUGUGUAAUACUAUGUAGGCUAUACCAGGGGUUGAAAGAUAAGAUUGUUAUUGUGUAAUACUAUCUAUGUAGGCUAUACCAGGGGUUGAAAGAUAAGAUUGUUAUUGUGUAAUACUAUGUAGGCUAUACCAGGGGUUGAACGAUAAGAUUGUUAUUGUGUAAUACUAUGUAGGCUAUACCAGGGGUUGAACGAUAAGAUUGUUAUUGUGUAAUACUAUGUAGGCUAUACCAGGGUUGAGCGAUAAGAUUGUUAUUGUGUAAUACUAUG